AUAAGGGCAAGUCUGUGAAAUAUGUUUUGUGCGUAAGCUUGUUUGUUUUAGCCGUUUUCUUGCUAAAAGAUGGAGAGAUUGUUAAGGCAUUAUUUCAGAUCGUGACCUACAUUUGGAGGUUGUAUAUCGAAGCGAUGUGGCUCCUUGAUAAGGGUUUUCUCACUCGUAUCUUGUCUCCUCUCAUGUCAAAUAAUCCAAAAUGGCCGCCGAUGCCGAGAAAAAUGACAGUUCUCGCUACAGUAUUUACCAUACUUCUUUCAACCAACGUGGUAUUGGGAGAAGACUACCAGAGAUCCAACUCUGAUGAAUAUUACAAGGCCAUUAUAAGCUUGACAUACAAAGAUCCAAAAACCAACAUAACAAAACUUGAUCCUGGGGAAGAAAUAAUGGGAAAGUAUUCUCCCAAAAGUAAACCAGAGACUGUCGUUGGAUUGGUAGUCCAGACCAGAGACCAUACUAACAAAACAAAUGGAUGUAAACCAUACAGUAUUCAGUUGCCUCACGAAACAUGGAUUGCUCUUGUGUCAAGAGGAGAAUGUCAGUUCACUGAAAAGAUUAGAUUGGCGACAGUGACAUAUAAUGCGUCUGCCAUAGUAAUUUACAAUGAUGGACCCGAAGAUGUUGCUGUUAUGGAACAUAAAGUUCCUGACAGUGUUGCCAUUGCAAUAUCCCAGUCAGAUGGGAAUCGCAUUUUGCAGUUGUUGGACUUGAAUUUGCGAGUGUACAUGAACAUCACCAAAGGAUCGAAGCAACAUAUUUCAAACCCACAAACCAGCAUCAGCAAGACGUCUGUGUUGUUUGUAUCCAUAUCAUUCAUAGUGCUCAUGAUUAUCUCCCUUGCCUGGCUCGUGUUUUACUACAUCCAACGUUUCAGAUAUGCUCACGCCAAGGAACGAUUAGCUCGGCGACUUGCAAGUGCUGCUAAAAAGGCAAUUGCAAAGAUACCACAGAAAAAUAUCAAGAGUGGUGAUAAGGAGCUGGACUCUGACAUGGACCAGUGUGCCGUUUGCAUUGAGUGUUACAAGGCUCACGAUGUCAUCAGAACACUGCCAUGCAAGCAUAUAUUUCAUAAAUCUUGUGUUGACCCGUGGCUUCUAGAUCAACGAAGUUGCCCAAUGUGCAAACUGGAUAUUCUUCGAGCAUAUGGCAUGCAUGUUGGUGGCAGCACAGAAAGUGUUCAUCCUGACGGGGAGAGUGGCAUGGCCACGGGUCCUGUAGUAGAGGAACUCGAGCCGUCAUCUACGGCCGAUGAGCACACCGAAGCCGAGGUCAAGGUUCUUCUUCUGCCUCAACACGUGUGUUUCCAUCAUGGGGAGAUGAGCGCAGGGAGACAGUCCAGCAUCGACUCGAGCCACGAGACGAACUGCAGCAGUCGGGACGACAUGGCUCCUUGCUGCAGCGACUCUGAUUCCACCGACAUGCAGUCAGUGACGACAGACUUUACAGGAAGCAAGCUGUCCGACCGGUGUUCCAAUUCACACAGGAAGGACUCCGGCUCCGAGUAUGCCGACAUUCAGUCGUUGAUAGCUGAGUGUUCAGGUGGGGAGGACUCGAGCAAGUGUGCGAGUCUGCAUCGCCGAGAUGAGACCGACUCUCAGUCCUUAGUGAUGGAGGGCUCGGGGGGUGAAGAGUCCGUCAAGUUCGCGACAGACCAACACCGCAAGGAUUCUGCCGACUCUAUGAAAUUCACUUAUGCAGGAAAGAAGUCUCUCCGACGCGACUCGUCGAAGCAGAAGAGGAAUUCCAGUGUGGAUUGUGAUGAACAGCAGUCACUGAUGAGCGAGUGUGUGGAGGGCCAUUUGAAAACUGAAGAAGACUUUGUUCCUCAAGUGUAGCCAUAUUGAUUGUGUUCCACAGACUGAACCAUCAGUGCAGUGCAGUCCCAUUGAUUCUGUUCGUUAGUAAAGACUGACCGAAUUGACAGCACAGUACACACAUUGAUUCUGUUUGUUAGUAAAGUGACCGAAUCAACAGCACAGUACACACAUUGAUUCUGUUUGUUAGUAAAGUCUGACUGAAUCAACAGCACAGUACACACAUUGAUUCUGUUUGUUAGUAAAGACUGACCGAAUCGACAUACAGUACACCAUUGAUUCUGUUUGUUAGUAAAGUCUGACCGAAUCAACAGCACAGUACAUACAUUGAUUCUGUUUGUUAGUAAAGUUGUACCGAAUCAAUAAUACAGUGCAGACACAUUGAUUAUGUUUGUUAAUAACAUCAGACCGAAUCAACAGUAGUGAAGUUAUACUGAUUCUGUUUGUUAGGAAAGUCAGACUGAAUUAACAGCAUAGUGCUGUCACAUUGAUUCUGUUUUGUAAGUAAAAGACAGUGAAUCAACAGCAUAGUACAGUCCAAUUGAUUCUGAUUGUUAAUAACAUCAGACCGAAUCAACAGUAGUUAUACCGAUUCUGUUUGUUAGUAAAGUCAGACUGAAUUAACAGCAUAGUGCAGGCACCUUGAUUGUGAUUGUUAAUAAACAGACUGAAUCGACAAUAUAAUACAGUUAUAUUGAUUCUGUUUGUUAGUAAACAUGGACUGAAUCAACAUUAUUCUGUAUUUUUACUGCUUAUUUUUAGUUGGCGAACUGAAGUAACAGUAUAGUGCAGUUUCCUUGAUUCUAUUUGUUAGUAAAGAGACUGAAUCAACAGUAUAGUACAAUCACGUUGAUUUUUUGGUAAAUUUUUGACAGUAUAGUACAGUUUUCCUAUUUGUUAGUAAAGUUGGGCAAAAUCAACAGCAUUGAUUCAGUUUGUUAAUAAACUGGAACUUAACCAAUAACAUAGUGCAGUCACAUUGAUUUGUUUAAUAAACUUGGACUGAAUUAACAGCUUAUAUUAGUGCAGUCACAUUGAUUCUGUUAGACUGAAUCAGCAGCUUUGUGCAGUUGCAUUGAUUCUGUUUGUGAGUAAAUGUAGACUGAAUCAACAGCUUUUUGCAGUUGCAUUGAUUCUGUUUGUGAGUAAAUGUAGACUGAAUCAACAGCUUUGCGCAGUUCAUUGAUUCUGUUUGUGAGUAAACGUAGACUGAAUCAACAGCUUUUUGCAGGUGCAUUGAUUCUGUUUGUAGUAAACGUAGAAUGAAUCAACAGCUUUGUGCAGUUGCAUUGAUUCUGUUUGUGAGUAAAUGUAGACUGAAUCAACAGCUUUGUGCAGUUCAUUGAUUCUGUUUGUGAGUAAACGUAGACUGAAUCAACAGCUUUUUGCAGGUGCAUUGAUUCUGUUUGUAGUAAACGUAGACUGAAUCAACAGCUUUGUGCAGUUGCAUUGAUUCUGUUUGUGAGUAAAUGUAGACUGAAUCAACAGCUUUGUGCAGUUCAUUGAUUCUGUUUGUGAGUAAACGUAGACUGAAUCAACAGCUUUUUGCAGGUGCAUUGAUUCUGUUUGUAGUAAACGUAGACUGAAUUAACAGCUUUGUGCAGUUGCAUUGAUUCUGUUUGUGAGUAAAUGUAGACUGAAUCAACAGCUUUUUGCAGGUGCAUUGAUUCUGUUUGUAGUAAACGUAGACUAAAUCAACAGCUUUGUGCAGUUCAUUGAUUCUGUUUGUGAGUAAACGUAGACUGAAUCAACAGCUUUUUGCAGGUGCAUUGAUUCUGUUUGUAGUAAACGUAGACUGAAUCAGCAGCUUUUUGCAGGUGCAUUGAUUCUGUUUGUAGUAAACUUAGACUGAAUCAACAGCUUUGUGCAGUUCCAUUGGUUCUGUUUGUGAGUAAAUGUAGACUGAAUCAACAGCUUUUUGCAGUUCCAUUGAUUCUGUUUGUGAGUAAACGUAGACUGAAUCAACAGAUUUGUGCAGGUGCAUUGAUUCUAUUUGUAGUAAACUUAGACUGAAUGAACAGCUUUGUGCAGUUCAUUGAUUCUGUUCGUGAGUAAACUUGACCCAAAUGAACAACAGUGCAGCUGAACUGAUUCUGUGUCAGUGAAGUCAGACUGGAUCACCAGCCCAGAGCAUUUACGUUGAUUCUAAAUCUAUUAUGUAGCUAGGUUUAUUCUGUUUGUAAGACAAAUUAACAGUAGAUUAUUCAUAGUGUUUCCACUUGUUAAUAUUAUCAAACUGAAUCAGUGGUAUAGUCAUGUUGAUUCAGUUUCUCAGUACUGUAAACCGGAUUAAUAAUAAUAUUGCAACGUGUUUUUUCCUGCGAAUACGCAUAUUAGCACAUGUUCGUGAUGUUUAAAUUUCGCGAAUAAUUGUUGGCAUCUGUAAAAAAAAAAAAAAAAGCCAAUAUUGCCUAUAUCUGUGUGGAAAAAACACAUCAUUGUCGGAAAAUCAAUGUUUCCUGUUACUCGACAUCGAACAAUUGCCUCUGGUAAAGAGGGUUACCCACCUUGCAUGUAACAGGAACACAGCUCACGACUUUAGUUGUUAACAAUUAAUAUAUCGGUACCUUUGGUGAUCUGAGUUAAAUAAAGUUGUGUUAUUGUUGUUGGUAGCCGAAACAAUUAAAUUAAGUAAGCUUGUUAGUAACCUGUUAUUUUUUCAUUAUUUUGAGUUACAUUUCCUGAAUGAGAGUACUGAAGCGCAAAUGUGAAGUUUUUGUCACUGGGUGGAAAAAGGCUGGAAUAAUUUAAUUACAUGUAGUGUCUAGCAAUUCAUGACAAACGUGAGUAAACGGACAUUAAUGGUCAUGAUUUAUAAUAAUUAUUGUGAAUUGGUGAAAUGGAACAAUACUUACUAGUAUGUAGUAUUUCUGAACAUGUCUGUUACAUCAGUAAGUUGAAUGAUAAUUAUCAUAACUGUAUUUUGUUUGUUUUCCUUCAUGGUUUAUUAGUUUAUAGAAAAUCAGACACCACCUAAGCACACUCUUAAGCUGGAAAAUAAUGCAUGCGUAUAUAUUUCGCGAUGAGGUUGGGCGUGAGUGAUGCCAAAUGAAUACGCACACAAUUUUUUCCCGGUUUACAGUAUUCUCAGUGUGAAUCAAUAAUAUGGUUUAGCAUUGUUGAUUCUGACGUUAAUAUUCACAAAUAGAAUCGGUAAUAUUAUGGUGCAGCAGUGUUGAUUCAGUUGUUAUUCUCUAUCAGAAUCAUUAAUAUGGUAUAGCAAUGUUGAUUCUUUUUUGUCAAUAUUCUUCAAUGGGAUUGAUAAUAGAAUAUAUUAUGGUAUAGCAGUGUUGAUUCAGUUUGUUGUUAUUCUCAAUCGGAAUCAUUAAUACGGUAUAGCAAUGUUGAUUCUUUUUGUCAAAGAUUCUUCAAUGGGAUUGACAAUGGACUGUAGUCAUAUUGGUUCUGUUGUUAGCAUUAGCACUCUGAAACUGGAUCAAGAAUAUAGUAUGGCUAUAUUGAUCAUGUUAAUAUUCUCCAACUGAAUCGACAUGUUGGACAUUUCAUUUUGUGGCCAUCUUGUAUUGACAGGACACACUAGAGAUGAGAUAUGUUGUGCUUGUUCAUUGCUUCAUUUAUGUUGUCUGCAGUUAAUGUGUCAUAUGAUAUUCACUAUUUGUCUCAAAUUGAUCAAUUGUCACUUGUUUUUCUUUCAGUAAAUAUUCCAAUCAUGUGAAUAAGAUAAUGCCAAAAAGAAGUCUACAUGUAUAGUUACAUUAUUUACUUCCCUUUUUUCCCUCUCCUUUUUUUAUUUCACAUUUAAAUAUUAGUUAUGCAUGUGACAUUUAGUAAUAUUUUGUUCUUAUUUUGUAACAGUCUUUCCUUUUAAUUAAAAAAAUUACUGGGCUCAAACGUUCUCCCCUAUGAUCUAGAUAAUAAGAUUAUUGCUCAUAUAUUUAUUUAAUAUGCAUCAGUAUUUUAAUUUCAUUUAUAUUUAUUGACUGUUUUCAGUUUUUGAUCAUUCAUUUACCUAUACCAAGAUGCAAUAUUUGGCUGGCUUUUUUAAAAAAUCCAUUUAUAAUGUCAGUUGGUUCUGGUUGUCUUGAUCAAAGUUGUGUGGUUUUGAAAAGCUAGAUGGGUUUUUUUUCUCUUUGACAGAAAGCUUUUUUAAAAAUUACAUGUAAUGUUAAAUUUAAUAUUAAAUUUGAGGUAUUUUUGCUGCAUUUUCUCACAAUCAUAGGAUCCAUACUGUAUUAAUUUUUAUCUCCUCAACAAAAGUAAACGGUGGAAUGAAGGUGUUAAUUUCUAGCCUUCGUGUCAACUUGUGUAUUUUCACAAAAUGUACCUCUACUAGUACUAAUUAAAAAGUUUAUUGUCCUUUCCACACUAUGAAAUUUACUACAAGUUAUUUAUUUCUGAGCCGAUUGUUUUCUAAAUUUCAAACAAAAAUAGUAAUGUUUUGUUAUUUCCAAAAGACUUUUAGUUUUUAUUUUAUGUCAAACCAAACUGAAAUAAUUUUUAAAAAACCCACUUUUUGGUAGGAUGAUGAGACAGACUAUAGUACGGUAUGUGAUUCCACCUAACAGUCAGUAAUUAAAACAUUCCGUUAUAUUUCUUUCUGCUCAUUUGCACUGUCACCACUCCCUGUACCACUUGCAAUACACAGUUAGGUGUAAUAAUACGUAGACAAAAUCACUAAAACUUAUAACUUCCAAAUAUCAGGAGACCUUUACACUUUGACGUGAUAAAGAAAAUUAAUCCACAGGCCAAAAUUUCAAAGAUGGCAGGUUGGAAUAAAACCCUGAGUUAUAUUAAAGAUAACUAACAUACUGCCAUCCAUUAAGUAUUCAUGUACAUGUUUGUGUUAACCUUAGUUUCUAUUUGGUCAUGUUAUCAAAAAUUUGUAAUGUAUGAUGCGUAUACAUGUUUGAUAUUUAAAAAAAAAAAAGUGUUAUUUAUUCUAAGCUUGUGACUCAUGACAAUACAUAUUCAUUUAUAUCCAUGUACUCGGAUAUUUGUUAGUGAAAUUUCAUGCAUUGUUAUAUUCUCAUUAUUCAUAUUUGUCUUGAAACAUGAGUUGACAUAAUAUAUAUAUUGUACAGUAGUUUUUGUCUGGGCAUAUGUCCCUCACUCCACCUUCCUUUGUUGGGAAAAUUUCCUUUUAUUAAUACUUAAGAACUUGUUAGUUUACUUACAGCAAAACAGGAGUGUUGGUAAAACCCAUAGCAGAAUGGGCUGGACUGAACUGAGAACAACAGAAAUGUAGGGUAAAAAACCCACUUUUCAUGAUGGUUGUCAUUUUUUGUGGGCCACAGAAAUAAUAAUUUCUCACAUAUUAACACUGUUUGCAAGAUUUUUAGCUCUCAGUUUAAAGCUAAAAGGCUUGUCAUCAUUGAGAAGGAAAACAAUUAUAAUAAAAGUGUAUGUCAAACAGGUAAAUUGAGAUAUAACAGAUUAAUGUUCAUUAACCCCAAUGUUCUGUUUCUAACAAAAGCCAUGAGUUAAAAAAACUAAAAAUGCGAUCAACAUUGAAUCCAACCCAUCUGUUUUUUAAUACAGCAAAUGUCAGGAUCUGACUGCCUUGAAAAAAAUGUUAAAGGCUGAAUUUGGCACUUAGUUUCUAUGGACAACAAAAUUGGUAUAAUGUUGACAUCUUUUUUUCUCAACUAACUGUGUGGCAUUGGCUUAGCUGUAUAUAAACCCUUAUAAUGUAUAUGUUUGAAAUUAUUAUGUUACAAUACAUUGACUGGUUGAAUAGGUUAACAAUACAUUGACUUUGGUUGAAUGUGUUAAACCUGUUAUACUUUGUUAAUGAUGUCAUUUCAAUUUGUUUCCAAAAUAUUAUGUUUAUUGUAGGAAAUCUAUGGGAAAAAAAUCUAUUUGUAUCUUUCUGUAUUGUUCAUCUACAUUAUUGCUAUAAAAAAUAAUUUUUAAAAAUGUAUGUAAAACAUAAGAAUGAAAAUUCAAAAGUACUGAUUAACAUUUCAAUUUGUUAGCGUGUCCUUAAUCCGUUAUAGUUCCAGUUCCAUGUGGGACACAAAAACAUGACUCUAUACUUUUGUUACAAGUAUUUGCAGGUUACCUAAUUUUGGAACACCUACAAAUUCACCAUAACCUUUAAUUUUGUUAAUGAAUUUAUGUAAAUGAAGGAAGGACUACAACUCCAGGUUAGUACAGCUUUCCUUGUAAUUUGUGUCAGGGUGAGUAGUAUCAAUCACUUUGUUAACAUGAUACAUAUCUCAUUCUGUUCCGGUUCGGUUCGUUCCAUUCUGUGUUUUACCAACACCCAGCCAAAUAUCACUAUUCCCAUUUGUCAGAUCCGAGAACUGAUUCAGACGUUUACCUUUGUUUGACACUUGACAGCCGAUGUGUUUUUUAUGCUGGGGUGUCAUUGAACAUCCUUUCAUUCAUUGUUCCAGAUGCCUGUCUAUUCCUUUAUGCAAGCGAGGAAUGAUUCAUUUACCGAGUACCUAUUUCAUCAGCUAUGUGUUAAACUUGUUUUGUUCCAGUAUACUUACUUUUUCAGCAUUGAAUAUAUUUCUUACAUUUAAUGGUUUCAUCUAAACAUGUCUCAUUUUCUUUUCCUUUUGCUUUUUCAGAUGUUUUUUUUCAAUGAAAUUUAUGGCAUUAAUACAACAUACAUGUGUACUUCACUUCUUUUUUUAAAGCUAUUCUUAUUUUACUAAAAAAAUAGUUUUGCUGCAUUAAAUAUAUGUUGUUUCUUGUUAGUGAAUUUUAGAUUUCCAUGAAAAUUAAUUAUCCAAAUACAGGUAGUACUGUAUAAAAGCAAUGGCAAUAUGACAAAAAUAAGACCCAUCUUGUGUAAAACUUAAACCUUUUAUUUGUUCUAGUUAUUAGUCCCCUACUGGUUCAACUGGAGGGGACUGUAGGUUUCAUCUCUGUCCGUCUCUCUGUCUGUCCCACAUACAGUUUUCUGGACUUUUUCUAUAUAGCCUUAUCAUGUACUGUUACACAUCAAGUUUAACUGUCAUGGCAGUUUACCCAUAUUUGACAGAGUUAUGGCCCUAGAACAUAGAAGAUUAAAAAAAAUCUGUUUCCAGACCUCUUUUUCUCAAUGCCUUAAGAUAUUGAGGUGAAAUUUUGUGUAUAGCUUUAUCAUGUACUAUUGUAGAUCAAGUUUGUCAAUUUACUCAUUUUUCUCAGCGUUAUGGGCCUUGAAUUUAUUGGGCCCAGUAGGAGACAUGUAUUGCUUUAGCAGUACUCUCAGAAUGCUUUGUUUUCAUAGUUGCUAUGAUGGGGUUUACAGAAGAACCUCGGAAAUUGAAUGAAAGGGGUCAUAGAUAUGAUAGUCAUUCUUGCCAAUAUCCAACAAUGUUGUUAUUUCAUUUACAUUUUUACGAGGGACAUAGUUUUAGCUAAUUGAUGUCAUUCUGUGCCUGUCUGACUUAUCUAUCACGUCAGAAAUGGGUGGAUGUAUCUGGUAUGCAAGAAAAACACAAGUACUUCUAUUUGUGAAUCAUUUUUGUUGGACCUAUUAAGUUUGAUACCACAGCAACACUCCUCCACCCCACCAAUAACUCAAUAAUAUUUCACUGUUUUAUUUUUGCUUCUUAAAAUUAAAAAACAAACAUUACUCAACACUAGCAGAUCAUUAAAAUUUUGUACAUAAUGAAUGCAACUAAUUUUAUCUGCUUAUAUAGUUUUGCAUUUAUCAUACCAGUUUAAGCUUUAUUGCAAAACCCCAUUUUAAUUUUUUUUAACAUAACUACAUUUUGAUACCAAAUAUAAUAUACUUAAUUUAUUUUGUUAUAAAGAAGAGUAUAAACUUGACACCUAUAAAUAAAUGCUUUGAAACGUUUGAGUAAUGUGUUAUAAUGUUUCAUUUAGUUUUGGUGUUAGCCUCUGCUAUACUCUCCUCCACCAAAACAUUUGUACAUUAUCUGUCUGCUCCUGCAGAUUGGACUUUCAUGAAAAUGUUGUAUUAAAUAUUUUCAUAAUAUACAUGGUGUAAAAGCUUGUUCCUCCAUUGAUAUUGUUAUUAAAAACAGUGUGCCCCCCCCCCCCCACCCCCCACCCCACCCCCAAUGCAUAGCAAUAUUAGAAGAUAGUGUCAGAUAUACAGAUACAUGUAGUUGAUAUGGAUAAUUAGGAACACAUACAGACAGAGAGGGAGAGACAUACAUACAUAUAUACAUACAUACAUACAUACAUACAUACAU